CAUGGAGGAACUGAAACGUCUGUUAGGCACUCUGCAUUUGUUUCAUAAAUCCUCCUAUCAUAUCUCUCCUCUGUGUCUCACAGUUCUCUGUUUGUGUCACAAACACAAGUGUAGGGCAGGCAAACAGUGCAGCAGGUCUCCACCUUGCUCAUCCUACCUUCAGCCAUGGCAAAGAGAGACUGUCCUGCUGGCAGCCGUUGGGACAGCCUCCUUUACACCUGUAUCCCCAGCAAGACACAAACCAAACCAAAGUGUCCCUUUGGCAGCCGUUGGGACACCCUCCUCAACACUUGUAUCCCCAGCAAGACACAAACCAAAGCUAAACCUCAACCACCAACAGAACCCACGGCCCACAUUUCCAAAACUUUCCAGGUCAACCCAGUGAUGGUGUUUAGUCCAGCGCUGUGGAUCUUUGUGGUGCUGGCAACACUGGGGUCCAUCUUGGCUCUGACUCUCUGGUUUAUCAUAUACAGACGACAGACCGGCCUCAGCAGGACCUCAGAGGAUGCAGAGCUGCAACGGGAUCCUCUUCAGAAAACACCUGCCAUAAUCCACUCACUGCCUUCACAAAGAAACAGUCAUACAGAGAUGAUGCAGAGAGCAGCAGGGGCCCCUUCACCCUGUUCUCGGGCCAAAACCGGCUUACAGAGGGAGGAGGGCUUGAUCGCUUACAGGGACCCCGCAAAGCAUGCUGGGACAGAGAGGUGGGGGGAGCUGCCUACAUCUACAUGCAGCGCAAUCAGCGAACACAGGAUCCCACUUCCUGCCACAGAGCUGGGUGGCACUGCAUUAGUUACAACUAAAACUAUGUAGAUCAGUGUGUGUGCUCUUAAAAUUUUUUCGUACUACUACUCUGCACGUUGUGCUUAGUGUGAUGACUUUUCCCAAGUUUUUAAUCCGAAUUUUGGAUAUCUUUUUCUACCAUUUUCUAUGUUUUUUACUGAAUUUUCUACAGCUGUUGUUUUAUUUCUCUGCACUGCUUGACUGUGUGUAGUACUUUACUGCAAAGUGUUGUUAAAAGACAAAACAAAGAACUACUAUGAAUCUUGUGCCAUAUUUCAAAUAUCAUUUAAU